AUGGCAGUGCAGCCGUCUUCGGGUAAAAGGAACAGAGACUCGCUCAGCAGCUCUGAAAAUUACCUGACCAAGGUCAAUGUUGAGACGACUUUCAGCUUCGAUCGUAGCAAGACCCUUUCCCUGUCCGACUAUCGCCCGGGUCCGAGUCGCUCUACGUCAAGUCAUCAAGAGCAUCGCGUUUAG